AAUCACUUGUUGUGAAAGCAGCUUGUUUUUCACGGAUAAAAUGUUGGGGAAUUUGAGUGUAGACGGCUCGAACUCGAUGUAUGCUCAGGUGCAAAUACGAGCUACAUUCUAUCCGAAAUUUGAGAAUGAGAAGUCUGAUCAGGAGAUUAGGACUAGGAUGAUAGAGAUGGUGUCGAGAGGUUCGGCUGCGUUGGAGGUUUCGCUUGAGCACUCGGGGUCGCUUUUCACGUACGCCGGUAGCGAGGGAGGGGCGUAUGCGAAGAAUAGCUUUGGGAAUAUAUACACAGCUGUGGGUGUGUUUGUUUUGGGGAGGGUGUUUCGUGAGGCGUGGGGGUCCGAAGCGGCGGGAGUGCAAGGGGAGUUUAAUGGAUUUUUGGAGAGGAGCCGUAUGUGCGUGUCGAUGGAGCUUGUGACUGCUGUUUUGGGAGACCAUGGACAGCGUCCGAAAGAGGAUUUUGUUGUGGUCACGGCUGUUACGGAGUUGGGAAAUGGGAAGCCAAAGUUUUACUCGACUCCGGAGAUUAUUGCAUUCUGUCGGAAUUGGCGCCUGCCGACAAAUCAUGUGUGGCUGUUCUCAACGAGGAAAGCAGUGGCGUCGUUUUUUGCUGCAUUUGAUGCUCUGUCUGAAGAAGGAACGGCUACAACUGUAUGCAGAGCUCUCGAUGAAGCUGCAGAUAUAUCUAUACCAGGUUCAAAAGAUCACGUCAAGGAGCAGGGUGAAAUCUUAGAGGGUAUUGUUGCUCGUAUUGUAAGCCAGGAAAGCUCAAAGCAUAUGGAGAAAGUCUUGAAAGAUUUCCCUCCUCCACCAAUGGAAGGAGCUGGUCUUGAUUUGGGACCAAGCCUAAGGGAGAUUUGUGCUGCAAAUAGGUCAGAUGAAACACAGCAAAUAAUAGCACUUCUAAAGGGUGUCGGUUCCUCUUUUUGUCCUGAUCAUUCGGACUGGCUUGGUACUGGAGCUGGUGAUGCGCAUUCUAAAAUUGCAGAUCAAUCAGUUCUAUCAAAAUUUUUACAAUCUCACCCUGCUGAUUAUUCUACCACAAAGUUGCAGGAAAUGGUUCGUGUGAUGAAAGACAAGCGUUUACCUGUUGCCUUUAAAUGCUACCAGAACUACCACAAGCAGGGUUCCAUGUCCAGUGACAAUGUUUUCUAUAAAAUGGUCAUUCAUGUCCGUAGCGACUCUGCAUUUCAGCGUUAUCAGAAAGAGAUGAAGUUGAAGCCAGGACUGUGGCCUAUAUAUCAAGGGUUUUUUGUCGACAUUAAUCUGUUCAAGGCAAACAAGGAGAGAGCUGUUGAGAUCGCAAAGAACAAAAGCAUUGUAGUGGACAGUGAUGGUGGCUGUAGUAUAUUGGGAAGACAUGGGUUCGCGGAAGAAGAUGCAAACCUAAUGAUCAAAUUAAAGUUUCUUACAUAUAACCUGCGAACGUUUUUGAUCCGCAACGGUUUAUCAAUUCUAUUUAAACAGGGUGCAGCUGCUUACAAGGCCUAUUACUUGAGGCAAAUGAAAAUAUGGGGCACUUCAGCAGGAAAGCAGAGAGAACUCAGCAAGAUGCUUGAUGAAUGGGCUGUGUACAUAAAAAGGAAAUGUGGAAACAAACAAUUGUCAUCAUCAGUGUACCUCAGCGAGGCUGAGCCUUUCCUUGAACAGUAUGCAAAACGCAACCCACAGAAUCAGGCUCUUAUAGGAUCUGCUGGAAACUUAGUGUUGGCUGAAAACUUCAUGGCCAUAGUUGAGGGAGGAAGGGAUGAAGAGGGUGAUCUUGAGAAGGAGUCUGUACAAUCAAGCCCCAGUGCCUCCGUUGCAGACACAAUUCCAAAGGCUGAGGGUCUGAUUGUAUUCUUUCCUGGACUACCUGGUUCUGCCAAGUCAGCACUAUGCAAGGAACUACUCAAAAUCCCUGGAGUAUUUGGGGAUGAUCGGCCAGUUCAAAGUCUAAUGGGUGAUCUUGUUAAAGGAAAAUAUUGGCAGAAGGUCGCUGAUGAACGCCGGAAAAAACCAUAUUCUAUAAUGCUCGCAGACAAGAAUGCACCAAAUGUAGAAGUGUGGAGACAGAUUGAAGACAUGUGCCAUAGAACUAGGGCAUCUGCUGCACCAGUUGUCCCUGAUUCUGAAGGAACUGACUCAAAUCCCUUUUCGCUCGACGCAUUAGCGGUUUUUAUCUUUCGUGUGCUGCAACGUGAUAAUCAUCCGGGUAACCUUGACAAGAAUUCUCCCAAUGUUGGCUAUGUUCUGCUAAUGUUUUAUCACCUCUAUGAGGGGAAGACUCGCAGAGAGUUUGAUUGUGAACUAGUUGAGCGUUUUAGUUCACUUGUCAAAAUCCCAGUGCUGAUAUCGGACAGGAAUCCAUUACCAGAUCCUGUAAAAUCAACUCUUGAGGAUGGAAUUAAAUUAUACAAUCUUCACACCAGACGACAUGGAAGAUUGGACUCUAGCAAAGGAGCCUACAAAAAAGAGUGGGCUAAAUGGGAGAAACGGUUGCGAGAUGUUUUGUUUGGCAAUGCACAUUAUCUUAAUUCUAUUCAGGUUCCGUUCGAGUCUGCUGUUAAGGAAGUAUCAGAACAGCUGAGAAAGAUUGCAAAAGGUGAGGUCCGUGAGGAUAAGACUCCUGAGUAUAGGACACCAGAUUCCGGGAAGAGGAAGAUCUCGACCAUUACAUUUGCUGCCAUUACCCGUUUGCUUGAUAAUUUGGCUGGGAAACAUAGUAAAGCUGAAGCUUUCUUAAGGGACAAGAAUUUGGAGAACAGCAUUAAUAAAGCUCAUGUUACUCUAGCGCACAAGAGAAGUCAUGGUGUUACUGCGGUUGCUAAUUAUGGGACCUUUCUGCACAAACAGGUCCCUGUGGAUAUAACUGCAUUGCUCUUCACGGAUAAAAUGGCUGUAUUUGAAGCCUGUCCUGGUACUGUCGAAGGUGAAAGAGUCAUCCCAAAAAAUGAGUGGCCUCAUGUUACCUUAUGGACUGCAGAGGGUGUUGGAGACGAGGAGGCCAACUCGUUAAGCAAUUUGCAUUUAGAGGGCAAGUAGGCUACCCGUAUUACGAUUGACCCACCUGCCACCAUUCUGGGGACGCUGGAGUUUUAUUGA